GAGGGGAACGCGGCACGAGUGGUGAAACGAGGGAGGGUGUGAAACGGUGGCUGGUGGUUCGGGCUACAUUUGUCCCUGCACGGUCGCGUACGAUCGCAGUCGGCAUCCGUCCUUCGAGCGGCCACGAUCGCGCGGAAACCGAAAGGAAUCGGAAAACGUAACGCCCGAUUAGGGGCGGUGAGUGUGAGUGUUUUUUUUUCUGCUUUUACGGACAUACGGUCCCGAAAGUUAGCCAGACCGGGGGUGCGUACACGCACGAGAAACGCGAAAUACAAUUAAACGGAUAAAAGAACAUCAACAUGUGCUAACAGUGUUGUCGUGCGCGUGACUGUGUAUUAAAGCUAGAGAGUGUUAAUACAAACCCCGGCAACUCAAUUGUGAGGAUCGCGCGAGUGACGGCGCGUGAGUGUUUCCGGUGAGUUUACGCAUCAGGGCUCUCGUCCCCCACCCCCAUCGUGGUGUCUCGUGACGUGAUCGGCAAUGCUGCAUGCGUGCGUGCAUCCUCGCGGCUAAUAAAACGCAAUAUCGUCCUGCCGAACGACGCCUGGCACGGAACAUGAUCGUUUGAGCACAACAAACAAAAAAGAACCCAACACGCUCUCACGCCCUCUCACGCCGGUCUCGCACGCGGGCUUCGCGCGGUGAGCAAAACGCCGACCGCCAACCGACGGUCGUGCACAGUGCGUCGCCUUUGAUUGGCACACACAACACUCGCCGUCCUCAGUCUCGUUUUCAGACUCGGCGACCAAGGCGGCGAACGCUCGUUUGGCUCGCUCGCGUCCACCCCAAAAAAAAACAAAAAAACGGGCGAAAAGUUUGCGAAGCCGCAACACUUUGUUUAGCAAAUCUCCUUAAUGACAAUUAAUUCACAUGUGCGAAGGUGAAAGUGAAAGUGAAGUUUGCUCGCAGAGAGAGGAACGUUGCUGCCGGUGUCGGUAAGAAUCAGAACACAGCAGGAAAGUCUAGCCGCAAAGGGGAAGAAUUCUUUCCAAACAAAACAAAAAAACGGCUCCCACGUGCGUGAGUGCAACUGCAGCAGCCGAUGCAUGUGCGUGCACACACCAUUCGUUGCAUAAUUUCGACGCUUGCCAGCGGCAAACACAACCUCGCUCUCGUUUCUGGCGUUGCACCACCACACCUGCCUUCCUCGCCCCACAACAAAGGGCCUUCUCCUCCCCCCCUGGUGCCACAGUGGUGAGUGGGAGCUACCUUGUGCAGCGGAUUGUGCCAUCAUCGUGUGCAUUGUGGAUUUUUUUUCGGUUUCUGUUUUGUAUUGCGGCCACGCAAAAAUAGCCAAACAAAAAUCGCCGAAUUGGUGUCAACCGUAAGCUGUGAGUGUGGUUCGAUAGUGAAAGUGAGAGGGUUUGCUUUGGUUGUUUGAAAGUUACUCGAGUGGAAUUAAUUUGGGGGGUAAAAAACGCACCCCCUGAGAUAUUUCCGGUGGUUUCGCCUAAAAACCAGUACUGCAUUUAUUCGUAAACCACGCCGAGGUGGGAAGGACCGUGCCGUGCGGCGUGUGGGCGUUACAUUCGGGUGGGAAUGUUGAGUGUCGUGUGGGAACGUGCAUAUAAAGUUCGGAAUUGAAGUGCCGGAACGUUUGUUACAAUUAGAAGUUAAGAAGCUAUCGUGUUACUACUACUUUCAUUGAACGCCAAGUCGACAACACCGGAAAGAUGGUCGCGAAAGGUGUCCGAAAUCAGUACCUAGCGACGUACUGUGCGAAUCUCGCCACACUGAUCUACGGGCUGUCGAUAGGAUGGCUUUCGCCGAACCUGAUCCUGAUGUCCUCGGACGAGACACCGCUGGUGACGGGUAAGAUCAGCAGCGAGGAACAGGGCACGGUCGGGUCGAUCGGUACGAUCGGCUGCAUGUUGGCACCGCUGGUGUGCGGCUGGGUGGCCGAAAUUGCCGGCCGAAAGUCCGCCCUGAUGCUGAUCGGUGUGACGCAGCUGAUCAGCUGGGCGGUGAUGCCGUUCGCUACCCGACUGUCCGUGAUCUAUGCGUCGCGCAUCUUUGGCGGUUUUGCCGGCGGUGGAACACUUUCCAUAGUGCCAUUGUUCGUGUCGGAGAUAUCGGAGGAUAGAAUACGAGGAACGCUUGGUACGAUGCUCGCCAUCUCAUGCAAUUUUGGAAUCCUGCUCGGUUUCAUCAUAUCUCACUACGUUAAUUGCUGGGCCGUGACGUACCUUGCGCUGCUGCUGUGCGUGGUAUACUCGCUUGGUUGCUGCUUCUUGCCAGAAUCUCCACAGUAUCUGUUUGUCAAGAAGAAGAAGGAGAAAGCGAUAAAGGCGCUGCGGUUCUAUCGCGGAGAGGAAGCCGAAAGUGAAACAUCACAAUUUACCGCCGAGGUGGCCCGCUUCAAGGACAUCCACAAUGUUGGCCCGCUCAAGAAGAAGGACUCCAACCAGAUACACAUCAAAGAUUUCCUGACACGAUCGCGCUGGAAGCCGAUCCUGAUCUGCGUCAUCGUGAUCAUGUUCCCGGCCGGUUCCGGUUCGAUACCGCUCAUCACGUACACGGCCAAAAUCUUCCAGGAGUCCCAGUCCAACCUCAGCCCGGCCAUGUCCUCCAUCGUGGUGGCCACGCUGCAGCUGAUCGGCUCGUACGUCUCCACGAUGACGGUCGAGAAGGCGGGCCGCCGCGUGCUGCUGGUGGUGUCCACGCUCGGGUGUGCCGUCUGUACCAUCACGAUGGGCACGUACACCUUCCUGCAGGAGAUGCGCAUGGAGGUGGACUGGUUCCGGUGGGUGCCGGUCGCCAGCAUGUCCGCACUAGUCUUCAUCAAUGCCAUCGGUAUCGGUAUUGUGCCAUUCAUCAUCAUGACCGAGAUCCUGGAGCCGAAGAUCCGCGGCUCGGUCGUCACCUUCUGUCUGCUGGAGUUUUCCGGCGUCGCGUACCUAGUCGUCAAGUACUUCCCGAUCGCGGUCGAGCAGCUCGGGAUGUACGCGUGCAUGUGGUUCUUCUCCUGCUGCUGCGUCGCGUCCGCCACCUUCGUCCUUACCUGCAUGCCGGAAACGAAGGGCAAGAGCUUCGAGCAGAUCUCCGAAUCUCUCAACGGUGGCAAGAAGUCCGGCCACAAGGAUGUCGCCCCGACGCCCGUCUGACACACGGCCUAACGUGCGACGGACGGCACGCGCACCCGCGUACGCCUCCGCACGCUGGCGUACGCUUUAAAACGUUUGUUUUCGUUAUGUUUUAUACCCUUUAUGAAUUACCUCCUGAAGCAUCUUGAAUUGUAUUAUACACGUUUUUCAUGACAUAAGCAUACUUUUCCUUCUAUCUGAACCGACGUGUGAGUGCGUG